CUUGGACGCCGUUCCUGCGCAUGGAGUCGCCAUUUUGGUCCUAGAGAAGCCGCUUGGAGAGCCGGCGCUUUCUUCCUUCGGCAGCCGAGGCUGCGGCGGGGCCGGGGCUGGGGUCGGGGCCAGGAGGAAUAUUGUUGUCAGAGAAUAACAGGAGGUUGUCCAUAAUUGACUUUAAGCAGCAAAACAGUAAAACUCUGAGCGCUUCAGCUCCGCCUUUCUUGCUCUGAGAAUUGGAAAACCAAGAAGGUUUUGAUGUUUUGUGUGACGCCACCUGAAUUGGAAACCAAGAUGAACAUAACCAAAGGAGGUCUGGUGUUGUUUUCAGCAAAUUCUAAUUCCUCGUGUAUGGAGCUCUCAAAGAAGAUCGCCGAGCGACUGGGGGUGGAGAUGGGCAAAGUGCAGGUUUACCAGGAGCCUAACAGAGAAACAAGAGUACAGAUUCAAGAAUCUGUGAGGGGCAAGGAUGUUUUCAUCAUCCAGACUGUCUCAAAGGACGUGAACACCACCAUCAUGGAGCUCCUGAUCAUGGUGUACGCCUGUAAGACCUCUUGUGCCAAAAGCAUUAUCGGCGUGAUUCCCUACUUCCCCUACAGCAAACAGUGCAAGAUGAGAAAAAGAGGCUCCAUCGUUUCUAAAUUGCUGGCUUCGAUGAUGUGCAAAGCUGGUCUCACUCAUCUCAUUACUAUGGAUUUACACCAGAAGGAAAUUCAGGGCUUCUUCAAUAUUCCUGUUGAUAAUUUAAGAGCUUCUCCCUUCUUACUGCAGUAUAUUCAAGAAGAGAUCCCGGAUUACAGGAAUGCGGUGAUCGUGGCCAAAUCUCCAGCCUCGGCCAAGAGGGCGCAGUCUUUCGCGGAGCGCCUGCGACUGGGCAUCGCGGUGAUUCACGGAGAAGCGCAGGACGCCGAGUCUGACCUGGUGGAUGGACGACACUCCCCGCCCAUGGUCAGGAGCGUGGCUGCCAUCCACCCCAGCCUGGAGAUCCCCAUGCUGAUUCCUAAGGAAAAGCCCCCAAUCACAGUUGUUGGCGAUGUUGGAGGAAGGAUUGCCAUCAUUGUGGAUGACAUCAUCGAUGAUGUGGACAGCUUCCUCGCCGCGGCAGAGACCCUGAAGGAAAGGGGCGCAUAUAAGAUCUUUGUGAUGGCGACUCAUGGCUUGUUGUCAUCAGAUGCUCCCCGGCUGAUUGAAGAGUCUGCCAUCGACGAGGUGGUGGUCACCAAUACAAUUCCACAUGAAAUCCAGAAGCUCCAGUGCCCCAAAAUUAAAACCGUGGACAUCAGCAUGAUCCUCUCAGAAGCCAUCCGUCGGAUUCACAAUGGGGAGUCCAUGUCCUACCUUUUCAGAAACAUAGGUUUAGAUGACUGAACAGCUUUCCUUUCUUAAAACUCCAGAGGGCCAAACUGGAAACAGACAGUACUGUGAGAGGUCAUGCCUGAUGCAGUGUACUACCCAGAGGCCGUCUGUGCUUUGUUCCUUCCUUUUUGUUGAUUCCUACAAAGAUAGACCAACUUUUUAUGUCGGUUUAGGUGUUUGUGAGUUUUUUGGGCAGUUUUUAUAAAAGAAAAACUAUAUUCUCCUCCUAAAUGAAUUAACAACCUGGUUGUUUAUAGCUGAACUAUUUCAACAAUAACCUGGAGUAAGAUUUUUAAGCCCACAGACAGCUUUUCCCAAAGUUGCUGGAGCCCAAGUGCUUAAAAAAGUUCAUGAAAUCAAGUGAUCUGUAUACUGUGUCAUAGCUGCCACUGAGAAGCCAAAAAGAUGAUCCCAUCGAAUCCCAGCAAGUGACAUUUUUAGAAAUGCUUUUAUAGACACGCAUAGGCAAACGACUAUUACCUGACCGUUAUUUAUUUUCUGCAACAAAAGAAGUAAUACGAAACUUACAUUGUGUGUGGUUUUUUUUAAAACUUUGUGUCCAGGCCGUUGUUUUAUAACUAAAAUAAAAUGAACGCUGAAUACA